UUUGCUGGCAUCAUGCGCAGUCUUCAAAAAAUCCUGCUCCUCCAUGUUCUGGCAUGUCUCGAACGACUCACACAUGUUAUUGCCAUCAUACAUGGAAAAAAAGCCCCAGAGAACUCGAUGCAGUACAUGGCCUCUGUGCAGGACAACAACGGUCACCAUGUUUGUGGAGGAUUUCUCAUCACUGAGGAAUUUGUAGUCUCGGCUGCACAAUGUGAUGACUCGAGCCCCACACACGUUGUUCUCGGCAACCACAAUCUCAAGAACGGCAAUCAUCAAAAAAUAAAGAUUGAAAACAAACUCAUCCAUGAAAAUUACCAACACGUUGGACUGGGUAAUGACAUCAUGCUGAUUAAACUGUCUGAGAAAGUUAAACUGGGCCAUGGAGUAGAAAUAAUUCAAAUUCCACAUGCUGAAAUAAACCUAAAAGAAAACCAAGUGUGUCAGGUGGCUGGAUGGGGAACAACUAAAACUCAUGGUAAACCUGUUGAUGAGCUGAUGGUGGUGGACGUGUCUGUCAUUGACAAACAAGUCUGUAAAGAACAAUGGCCUGAUCUUCCUGCCAAUGUAACCUGUGCAGGUGGAUAUAAGACAAACAAAGGAUUCUGUCAGGGAGAUUCUGGUGGUCCUCUGGUGUGUCAUGGGUUUGCUGUUGGGGUUGUUUCUUUCAACUAUAAGGAGAACUGCAAUUACCCCAAUAAACCCAACGUCUAUACGGACAUCUCAAAAUACCGUCAGUGUUUCUGAAAACAUUUUUUGUGUAAAACACUUAAAAUAAAAAGGUUUUUCUUUUCACUAUUGAAAUGUGAGAAUUUCUGAUUCUUUCAUCAGUUUAACCAAAAACAAAAAUACAAACGUAUCCCACACUCAAUCUGUCAUUUCUUUCUGUAACAGCCAAAAGGCUGAAUUUUUAAUAUUAUUUCUGCCUUUGUAGUGGACCACGCUUCAGUUUGCCUGUGACGAAAGACAUAUUUGCAUCCUUGUAUGUUUUUUUGC